AGUGGGAGUAGAGACAGAACAGAGGGGGUACACACACAGGACGGAUACUGCUCAUUUCAAAAGUUUAGACAAGUUUGGGACGGCGGUGUGCUGAGACUUUGCAAGCAGUAACGCAAUAGAAGGUGGGGAAACCUGCAGUGCAGACAAAGAGUAUUCAGCGAGUUGCCUGCAGAGACACACACGCACACACACAAACUUCCCAACAUCUGGUGUGCUGGAGGACGGGGCGAGCAGGAGAGAGAAUACUUUGGAGGGCGGAGAGAGAACUAUCUUCGUUGUAGAAAAAUGCUUUGAAUUGGAAGUUUGGGGACACCUACAUGAGUCGAGAAGAGAUACUGUGCUCGUUUAAAGUGACGAGAGUGGAGGGAAAGGUGUCGGAGGGGGAGAAGUCCACCUGGAGCGGACAGAGAAUGAAUUAGCCGAAGGGUUGACUGCUUCGUGCCCCAGCCAGACAUAAGGCUCACACCUUGAUCCCUCCGCCUCCUCCCAUAAGAGCCAGGCCUACGCCGAUGGAAGAGGAGAGGAGUGCCCCUACCAUCUCCCCAGAGCCACCUGAUGAUGGGGACCCCAGCCUACCAGCUUCUCAACCAAAUCCACACACAGCUUUGACCGUAGAGAAUGCAAAUGGCUGCCCAAAUCCAGAGCCCUUUUCUAGUAGAGACGUGGCCCAUAUUUAUACUGAGCCCCUCAUAUUGAGGUUGAAUGGCACCCAGGAAAGGUUGCGAGGAGAUCAUGGAGACAAGUGUAACGGUGUUCUCUCACACUCGGAGCUCACUACACCAAGCAAGAGUAUCACAUCUCAACCGACAGCCAGACCCACGCCCAUCCACCACACCCAGCCGUGUCGGACACAGCCAAGCAGCCAGUUGCGCAACGGAACCAAGCACCACGGACAAACACACUCCACUCACACGCACUGUCCACAUCACACACACACACCUCACACGCACACCGUCCAGUCCAAUGGGAUCAGGAAUGGGGGCCCUCACAAGCAUCCUAAGCUUGGCUCCCUCCCCAGGGGCGGAUCGUCCACCUCCUCAUCUUCAUCAGCGGAACCCAAACACACCAAGAAAUUGCAGUCCAACCCGUCUAUCACCUCCCAGAGCAGCAAGAGGAGCAAGAGCAGCUCCAAGAGCAACAGCUCCCAGAUCCCUACAGAGGCACAGGAUGACUGCUGUGUUCACUGUAUUCUGGCCUGCCUCUUCUGUGAGUUCCUGACUCUGUGCAACAUUGUCCUGGACUGCGCCACCUGCGGCUCUUGCGCCGGGGACGACUCGUGUUUCUGCUGCUGCUGUGCGUCAGAGGAGUGUGGCGACUGUGACCUGCCCUGUGACAUGGACUGUGGCAUCAUAGACGCCUGUUGUGAGUCUGCAGACUGCCUGGAGAUCUGUAUGGAGUGCUGCAGCCUUUGCUUUUCCUCCUGAGGGCUCUUAUCCACCACCACAAGGGGUGAAUACAUUUCCAACACACACUCCCACAAGCCCGGGAACUACUUCGACCGGAGCUGAGAGGUUCUACACGCAGUCUUUGUUGCCUGGACUCUGUGGUUUACUCUACAUUGGCUGGCCUAGUUGGCUCCUCAAUAUGUCUGAUGUUUCUACAGGGUUUGCCAAGCAAGAGAUGUGCUAAUGCUGAGAGCAGUCACUGCUGAAUUCUCCCUUCUUUUAUUGAUCAAACGAUGGGACAGUAGCCUCCCUGCUUUGUAUUUGCCGUUGGUCUAUUGCUACACAGCUGGGUGUGCCAUGCAGAGUGAGUUCCAGCUGUGGUCCACAAGAGUCUGCCAGGCUGUGCAGACCCAGGCUUCUGGACCCUCACAGAACUAGCUAUUAUUACAAUGGAGCCCCUUGUGCCAUCUGAAUGACUGGAGUUCUCCAAGCAUGAAAAAUGACCUCCAAAGGCAAAUGAGAAAAUGGCUCCAUUUAACCGGAUUUUAGUGUUUCUGUAGAUAAGAGCAGCAGCAUAAUGGGAAAAUGGACGCUCAGAUCUUAGUAGAAAUGUAGUCUGUCCUCCUGUCCUUGGCAAGGUCAGAGUCUUCCAGUUUGAUUAUGUACAGUGGCCUGAGCAACACACACACACUCACACACACACACACACACACACUAACACACACUCAAAGUGGAGGAUGUUGAAUCCACUGCUGUCUUUGUUCUUCAUGUAAUGUUCAAGAUAGAGAAUCACUAAUGGUGGCUUGUGGCAAUAUUACAGAAAUGUUUCUUUUAUUAAAAUACAUCUCACUUAAUGGACUUACUCAGACAAGAACCAUAAGAGCGUUAUGCAUCAGCCUGAAGAUGGGUCCAAUAUAAUGAGUACUGUAAGUGAUGGACAUCACAGAGCGAGUGGUUGAUAACAUCCAUCAUGGACACUUUCUCGACUCAAACAUGUGAAGGGAGAGAGUUCUUAAUUAAGUCCCUCCUCAUUAAAUGUUUUGCAUCCCAUAUACUUUUGUUUAUUUUGAGGUGCUUUGGCUUUUUUUUUUUUAAGUGAUUCUAGCUGAAUGGUCAGAACUGGUAAAGGACUGGAAGAGGAUCAGAAGGUAUCAUCUCUAUUUGAGUACAUUCCAGUUUACUUUUGUCAUUUUUGCUAUGUGAACAAAUGGCCUUGGCUUAGCUUACGGCCUGAAUUUUCAAGUACAUUCCUCGCCUUUACAGAGUCGUUAUUAAACCUUGUUUUGUAGAUUUUAGUUUAGAUAUUUGCAUUUCUCCUCAAAUGUGAAAAUCACAUUUCUGUGUUAUCGGGUUUUGCCGGGCUCUCUCUGUUAAGCAGACAUCGCUCUACAUCUAAUUUAAUUCUUUGAGUGAAAAUCUCACGACAUUAUGCUAAGUUAGAUCCAUGUGCUCGUGGUAUGAAUGGUACGCUUUUGUUAACAGCCCAGCAUUUUCAUUCGCUCAGAUUCAUACCCUCUCUAACCCAAUACCUCUUCAGAUGUCUCCUUGAUCUGUUGUGCAUUUUAAAGUGACUUGAUACAAAUUCCUUUCCCUCUCUGAUCUCAUACUGUUUGUGCAAUCCUUUUUUUCUGUAUUACCAGGUGAGUUUUCCUCUCACUGGACCUUAGUUUCUAGACAUAUAAUUGUACAUUGAAGGGUUUUUUGCUAUGCCAAUGUGGCUGUGGUUGUUUAAUCCCUAUUUUAAGGGCUGUAAUAUAACACUGUUGAUAAAGAAUACACACUAAGGCUGUAACACACCUGAUUACACCAAAGUAGAUUCAACAAAAAAAUGAACUAAUGCAACUUGAGGACAAAUCAUGAUUCUUUGUGUUUACAUCACGUUUGAUGUGAACGAAUUGAAGACAUGUUUAAACUAGACUGUAGCAAAAUCCUGGAGAGCGCUGGAUAGCAAUGCAAUUCUUUACACUACAGAGAUAUUAUUGAAGGGAGAACUGGAUUAUAUAAUGUUUGUAUAGACGUGAUUGAUAUAUCAUCUGUUUGGACAAGGGCAGAUUUGGUUGCUUCAUCUAGGGACACGUUCUCUACCUCCAGUCAAAAAGAGAGUGUGGGUGCAAUCAGGGGCAUGUCCAAAGGGACAGGUUGGGGAUGCAUGAGGCCCCCUUAAAAUCAGAUUAGGUAUCCCAAAAUCCUUAUCUAUGAUUAUUACACUAUAAGUGGCAAAUUGGGCUGUUCUGCUUCAGGCUGCUGUUAUUUACUUCAAUGUAGCUCAUUUCCUUGUGUUAGGACCUACAAUUGUGACUUUGCACAAACAUCUUUGGGAGUCCCCUAAGAAUUUAAUUUUGAUAAUGUAUCUUUUAUACACAGAAAGAUAACAUCUGUAUAUUUUUUUUUUCUGUUAGUGAUCAAAGUAUAUUUGCUAAGUGGAGACAGCAAAGGAAAAUAAAUGUUUUUCAGUUCAGCCAUACUUCAUGCCACCCCAGUCAAAAAGUCUGGACAUGCUCCUGUUUGAAAGAAAGACCCAUAUAAGUUUCAAACUAAAAUUUCAACUUCCCUCCCAACAGAUAGUUGAAUAAAACACAAGUCAAGGAUUACAAAAGUAGCAACAGUUUGCUAAAUGAGCCUAUAAGUGAUACUUUGCUGCAGAGUAAACAAGCUAAUGUGGGCACAGCUGUACUCCUCUGUUGAUGACAGCAUGUCAAACCUGCCUAUUAGCUGUCAGUGUUAACUGACCUAGCUGACUGCUAAGAGAAGCAGCAAUCUGAGCACAUAUUAUCAUAUGUUUCCUACUGGCUCAUUUUUCCACUAAAACAAUAGGUUCACUGUUUUUUAACAAAGCCAGAUUGACAUGUUGUUUCCUGUCAUUUAUGACUGUGCACAACCACAACCUCACCCACUCCAGGUCAUGUUUCAGGAUUCAUACCCCUGCUGCAGCUUCAUUCUCAGCACAAACAGUCUGAAAGUCCUUAGAAACCAGGAUAAGUCCAGUUUUAAUAAAAGUGAAGCUCACAGUCAGACAGGCUUACCUCUGAGCUCAAACCUUGCUGUCUGUUGAAUUGCUUUUAUUUUGCUCGAAUUCCUUUCUUCGGCAUGGCUGUAAAUGGAGAAAUUAAGUCAACAAAAAGCUAAUCAUGUGACAGACAGUAAGGCUCUGCUGCUCUCUGUUAUGAGCAGAAUACAUAAACAUGUCUUGUGAGGUUAUGAAACUGAGCGUCACCUGGAUUUUGGAAGAGGUAGAAAACCCUCAGUGCAAAGUGUAAUCAGAACGAGCAGCAGAGGGUUGCUGCAAGAGUUUUCAGGACAAUGUCAAUUAUACAAAUUAUACACAAUUAUAAAUUAUGUCAAACAACAUUUUAAUAAGAGCUUGGUUAAAAAACAGUGAACACAUCAUUUAAGUUUGAAUGAAUUAUGAUGGAAUAUUUCUUUAAGACAAAGUCAUUCAAAGCUUCUUUGUGUCUAUACUAAGAAGUCACUAUAUGUACAGAAUUAAGUCUGUCUGGAGGGACAGGAAACAAUGAUGGUUUGUCUGAGGAUUGAGAACUCUGUCUGGAUUUACAAAAUCAGAUCUUGCAUCUAAACCCUUCUCUUGAUUUUAGAGCUAUUUUGGAGGUUAAUGUAACGUCUGACAGGUCAUCAUCUCAUUUCAGAAUAUUUUUAUAGUAAUAAUGGUAUAAAACACAAGGUUACUUUGAGUGUUUUCCCAACUAAGUAUUAUCAGAAAACUCAAAUAACUGAGUUCCCUGGAUUUAUUUUAUUACGACGAGAUGGAAUUUGGAUGUUGAUUUAAAGGGCUGGCCACCUCUACUAGAACUCUGAAAGUUACCGUAGUCCAGCUGAACUGUAGACUGUAGUCCACUAUAAUGUCAUUUUGUUUACACUGCCCCCUGUAUAAUGUCAAUUUGAAUUGCUGUCCUGGAUGUCACAUUAGAAUCUCUUUGUUUAAUACUGAAUAAACAAUGUGAACUCCA